AUGGCCUAUGAUGACUACGAUCUAUACGACGAUUUUGGAACAUUGAACGACGCCGAUUUCGCAACUUUGGAUGCCCUUUGUGCCGAAGCCAUAGCCGACAACGCUUCAGCCGCUAUGCCCUCUAUUUCUAUCGAAAUUGAGUCUGCGACUAGUACUGCGGACUCUCAAACUAGCAACAGUAGAACAAGUCCUAUGGCGCGUUAUCGGCGACAAGGAACACUCUCCGUGACUGACAUAACCUCUCUUGCGUGGUGCGAGGUCCAGCUUGACUAUGGGCUACAGCAAAAGCGCUCUCGGCGGCUUGCCGACCGGCCACGCUCAUUUCGCUCUGAACGAACUGGGAAGGAGAUUGUUGUCCAACAACAAGUUGCCGCGCGGAAUGAGCAGACGACAAAUCGAGGACGGUUCAUUCACAAAGAGCUUGAGAUGGAGCUCAAGGCUGAAGAAGUCCAAAUCCGGAUUACGAGUGAGGAGGAACGGUGGGGACUACGAAUACUCAACUUCAUCACGUCCCUGAGCUCUUUGCAAGCGGAAAACUGCGUCCGCGAAAUUCCUAUCUUUGGGCUCAUAGAGGGCAUUGCGGUGGUCGGCAUUGCUGACGAGUUACGGAUCGAAAAGGACGGCAACAUAUCAACCAUACACUUGAUUGACACGAAGACCCGCCGGACAGACUCUCUACCCCCUGAGGAAGACACCGUGCCUACGAAAAUUCAACUUAUGCUCUACCACCGGCUUCUCGGCAUUCUCCUGGAUCCGUCGCAGCAGUUCGACUAUCUUGCAUUCUGGAAUCAGCUCAGUCUUGACCCGGGACGAUUGUUCUCAGAAGUGUUCAAAGCACAAAUGAGGCCUAUCCUCGGAACUAUCGAAGCGCUUCCCUCCUGUUUGGCUGAUUUGUGCAUGUUGCUCGACUUGAGAGUCGCAGACAUGCGGCUUCCGCCUCUGAAUCACGACCUGACCGUCAUAUACCGAUCUCAGAGAAAGUACCCCGCUCCCCUGCGCCCCAGCAACACACUCGUGGUACACGGAGAGAGCGAGGAAGAAGAAUUGGCGCGCGCUAUUCUUAUGAGCAUUGCAUCGGAAGCCGAGUCGGCCCAGAUGGCACAAUUCCAAGAAGAGCUCCAGAAAGCCCUUCGCAGCUGUCAACUAGAACAUGGGCGAAGUUCUCUGCAAUCGCCAACGGCUUCGGCCGUUAUAGGCACGAAACGCUUUCCUAUGGACGAGGUCCGGCUUGAGGAAUAUCUUCACAGCGCAAUUCAGUGGUGGACGGGUCACCGUCGGGCGCGCGGCGUGACGGAAGCGCAGACUUCGAGGUGUUUUUCGUGCGAAUAUGUUGAUGGUUGCGAGUGGCGGGAGUUGAAGGCCAACGAGAAGCUCAAGUUGGCGGAGGCGAGAAGGAGGCGAGCGGCUAGAGCUGAGUUGACCAUGCUCAGAUAG